CGGACACCUAUAAAUAUUGCCCUGGUCCUGAAGGAAGCGGUUAGAAGAAGCUGCUAGUAGUGUGGAGACAAAUAGAUUCUGUUUCAACAGGAGCCAUGACGGUGGUUAUCGGUUUUGAGGGCAGCGCCAAUAAGAUCGGCAUCGGGAUCGUAAGGGACGGGGAAGUGUUGUCAAACCCUAGGCGCACCUAUAUUACGCCACCUGGCCAAGGUUUCCUACCGAGAGAAACAGCCAAACACCAUCGUGGUGUUAUCCUAACUGUCCUCCGAGAAGCACUAGAUGAAGCUGGAUUAAAACCUGCAGAUAUUGACUGUGUAGCGUACACCAAAGGGCCGGGGAUGGGCGCCCCUCUGCUCACCGUGGCUUUGGUGGCCAGGACAGUUGCACAGCUUUGGGGAAAGCCGUUAGUGGGAGUGAAUCACUGCAUCGGGCACAUUGAAAUGGGCCGCCUGAUCACGGGUGCUAACAACCCCACUGUACUGUAUGUCAGUGGUGGUAAUACUCAGGUGAUCGCUUACUCUGAAAGACGAUACAGAAUUUUUGGAGAAACAAUAGACAUUGCUGUGGGAAACUGCUUGGAUCGGUUUGCCAGAGUCAUCAAGAUAUCAAAUGACCCCAGUCCUGGCUACAACAUUGAACAAAUGGCAAAGAAGGGCAAGCAGUACAUAGAGCUUCCAUACACGGUGAAGGGAAUGGACGUUUCUUUCUCUGGGAUUUUAUCAUACAUCGAGGAGAUGGCACACAAGAUGUUGAGUUCUGGGCAGUGCACAGCAGAGGACCUGUGCUUUUCCCUUCAGGAGACAGUCUUCUCUAUGCUGGUGGAGAUCACGGAACGUGCCAUGGCUCACUGUGGCUCCCAAGAGGUCCUUAUCGUGGGAGGAGUAGGCUGUAACCUCCGUCUGCAGGAGAUGAUGGGCGUCAUGUGUGAGGAGAGAGGAGCUCAUCUCUUCGCCACGGACGAGAGGUUCUGCAUUGACAACGGAGCAAUGAUCGCACAAGCGGGCUGGGAAAUGUUCCGCAUGGGUCAGGUGACAGAGCUGUCCGAUUCCUGGAUCACACAAAGGUAUAGGACAGAUGAAGUAGAAGUUACUUGGAGAGAUUGAGCCCCGUAUCUAUUUUGGCGUCAGAGAGAGCAGGUUUUUUUUAAAAAUUUCAAAUAAACUAGAUUUUGAGAUAUAUGUGU